GCGGCUGCUUGCGGCGCCGUGUGCGCGCGCCUCCCGGGCGGAUUCGGCCCCCGAGCGCGAGAGCGCGGCAGGGAGCUUCAGGAUUUCUUCCUGAUCAAGCAGACAGUUCAGGAUACACAGUCCAAGGAUGAAUGUUCACCGUGGCGCUGAGACCGACAGGUUAUUGUGGCAGGAGGCCAGCUGCCUGAUGGAUGAAGCCUCAGCUGCAGCCCAAGAAAAAGAAGCAAAUAGCCCGGCUUCUUCUGGUGUUCAAAAUCUUACUUAUCCUCUAGGUCCCAGGAAUGAUGGUGCUUUACUGCAUGAACUGUCUAAUGACGGCGCUCACAAGCAGUUUGAUCACUACCUCGAAGAGCUGAUCCUGCCCAUCAUGGUGGGCUGUGCCAAGAAAGGGGAGCGAGAAUGCCACAUCGUCGUGCUGACGGAUGAGGAUUCUGUGGACUGGGACGAAGACCACCCCCCACCCAUGGGGGAGGAGUAUUCCCAAAUUCUUUAUAGCUCUAAGCUCUAUAGAUUUUUCAAAUAUAUUGAGAAUCGGGAUGUCGCUAAAACAGUGUUAAAGGAACGGGGCCUGAAAAACAUUCGCAUUGGAAUUGAAGGUUAUCCUACCUGUAAAGAAAAAAUUAAGAGGAGACCUGGUGGCCGGUCUGAAGUGAUCUAUAAUUACGUGCAGCGCCCCUUUAUCCAGAUGUCAUGGGAAAAAGAAGAAGGAAAGAGUCGCCAUGUGGAUUUCCAGUGUGUUCGGAGCAAAUCCCUCACUAAUCUGGUAGCUGCUGGAGAAGAUGUCUUGGAGGACCAAGAGAUAUUAAUGCACCACCCACCCCAAGUGGAUGAACUUGACCGGCUAAACGCCCCACUUUCUCAGAUGGCUUCUAACAACUUUCAGGAUUAGGGGCAGCUGUGGGCCCCUCUGCCGGCCUUUUCUCUGACUGGGAUGCCCAUAGCCAAUCCUCCCCAUGGUUUGUCUCACACUAAGUAGGAGACAUGCUUCUCCCCGCUCCUUUCCUUUUCUGCCAUAAUUAAUGUGUGUCCUUUUCAGUAAGUCUGUGCCUCCGGCAGGAGAUAAAAAAGCACUCACUGGUAAUUAAGCUGCCAGCUUUGCAGCAGCCCUGGUAACUUGAAAAUUUUGGAUCUGGUGCUGUUCACCGAGUCUUUGCAUAACUGCAAAAGUAGGAAAGGAGGUCAAGACUCCUAUUGCCUCAUACUCAGCAAAGCAGUUCUCAUCCUUUACACUCUGUUCUUGGCUUUUGUUUGUUUUAUUUGGUUUUAUACUAGGCAAAUUACUUAGCAGCAAAGGGACCAAACUUAGAAGGAGACAAUCUCUAUCUUCUACAAGCAGGCACUAAUUGGAUGCCCAUUAGAGGUUAGUGGAGAUACCAUACUUGUGGCCUCUGUGCCCAGGUUGCAUCUGGGAAGAAACAGGCUCUCAUUCAAAAUGUCCAAAGGAAAUUCUUAGGAGCUUCAGUUCAGUUUUUUUUUUUUUUUUCGUUAUUGCAAUGAACAAUCCAAAACCUCACAGAUUCUUUAACAGGAAGGAUAAUGUAUAACAAUGUUUAUGAAACCCUUUUAGCUUCAAGGUUUUUGACCCUAAACAAAUUGAUUAUUCAUUUGGAGUGAAAUUCACACU